UCUCUGCCUCGCCUACCAGCACCGGCUCUUCGGGCGGCGGCAGCGGUCCCACCAGCUCACCUCUUCUGUUCUUCGUCGCCUUGGGUUUCGGCGUUGUCUUCACAAACUUAUGGUAGCCAUGCAUGCCUCGUCCGCCCUGGCGCGCUCCUUUGCUGACCCACUACCUCAGGAUCAUUGUCGGCGUCAAGUAUUGUUUCCGCUACAAUCAACGCAACCGCCAGCGCGCUCUCGGAGAGGAUGGCAAUCCCAUCGAUCUCAUGGCCAUGCCCCGUCCGCAUAGACGCCGUAGAGAGAAGAAACUCAUGACCAUGGACGACGUCAACGAGCGCUUCCCACUCACAAAGUACAAGAUCUGGAGAGCCUCGCGCGAAGCCCACGGUCUGUCCACUGCCGGCGGUGUCAGUGCCGCCCCGAGUCGUGCUCCCAGCAUCAGGCAUGACCACCUCCCGGACCUCCCCGAAGACCCUCAGACCCCCCUGACCACUCUUGAAAUGGCUCAACAUCACCAUGCCACUGCCAUUACCGCUGCCUCUUCGACUGCUCCCGUCACCAAUUAUGACAAGGUUCCCUUGGAAAAGACCGAGACUGUUGCCUCGUCCAUCCAUGACCACGAGUCUGAUGACGAAGAUGACCCCAUUCGUACUGCCGCACCGCCUGAGAUGGCCGCUCCCCCUGGAGACACUUGCGCCAUCUGUCUGGAUAACCUCGAAGACGAUGAUGAUGUUCGUGGUCUCAGCUGCGGUCACGCAUUCCACGCAGCCUGUCUGGACCCAUGGCUAACUUCCCGCCGUGCGUGCUGCCCUCUCUGCAAGGCCGAUUACUACGUUCCAAAGCCUCGUGCUGCCGAUAAUGCCGACGACACCGGACGCAGGGAACGCGGUAUGCGUAUGCCCCAGAGCCCCGCUUCUGCUUGGAUUGGUGCUCGUAGAUCAGGCAAUUCGGGCAGGAGACGCAUGAUGCUUGCCGGUCCAAGAUUCUUGGUGGUUGAGCCUCACACCGACCAGCAUGGUUUCCCUCAAGUCGUGCACACAGGUCCUGGUCCAGGUGUUCGACCCGAGUCUGAAGGUGGAUGGCUCAGCAGGUUGCCUCGUUUCGCAAACCCCCUUCGACGAGGAAACGCCUCGGGUACGGCGCAGACCAACGCCACAAACACUACGCCAGGCGAUCUUGAAGCUGGAACUUCAAGAUAGUCUUUGAAUACCCAUUUGAUUUUGGUUUCUUCUGGCAGCGGGAUAUCUAUGGCUUUCUCCGGAACAACAGUAACGGUCCUAUUUGGGGUUUGGUGUUUUCGUCGGGUAUUAGGGUUAGCGACAGGGUCAGACAUCUCGUGGGAGAUC